AUGGAGAACGACUUUCUUGAUAAAGUGGAAGAUAAUGCCAUUGUCCGUAUAUGGUCAGAGAAAGUGCAAUUGGAAAAGGGAGACAGUCUAGCUGAGGAUUACGUGUUAGAGCUGUGGGACUAUACUCGUAUUAGUGUGAUGCAAAAUAGCCUUCAGGAGCUAAGAGAAAUAUGGGAUAAAUGGAAUGAUGAGACCAAGCAGUUGUUUUACUCUAAUUAUGGAGACUUGUCAUAUUUGCUUGAUGUCAAGGUAGAUGAGCGUUUGUUUUGGGCCCUUGCUCAAUAUUGGAACCCUGCAUAUAGCUGUUUCACUUUUGGCAAAGUAGAUCUGGUACCUACGAUGGAGGAAUAUACGGCUUUGCUACAUUGUCCAAGGCUUCAGGAGGAUAAAGCAUAUUCUAAAGUCACGUAUGUCCCGACAUUUUGGAAGAAACUGAUGAAUAUUACUGGCAUGAGCGAGCAGCGGAUCACGGCCAGGAUCAACCAGAAAAGGGAGUCGCAUCCAGAUGGGAAAAAGAAGGUUGAUGUGUUUGCUUUGAGUAUCUACGGAUUAGUGAUCUUCCCUAGAGCAUCGGGGCAUGUCGACGAAGCGGUUUCAGAUCUCUUUGAUCGGUUAGGUAAAGGGGUCACGCCUGUUCCUGCGAUUUUGGCUGAAAUGUUUAGAUCUUUGAAUGCGUGUAGGCGAGCUGGUGAAGAGAUAGUGGCUACGCUAAGAAGGGACGACAUAUCAGAAGAAAAUUGGAUAGCGAUUCUGCAAAAUCUUCAAGAAAAUGAUGUGGAAUGGAGAGCUCUUUGGUUGAUUCCUGAUGAAAUUCCCUACCGUUGUGGAAGCUUUGACUGGGUUCCGUUGCUAGGGAUUUGGGGAGCCGUCGGGUAUGCACCUUUGUUGGUCUUAAGGCAAUACAAUUCAAGACAGUUUGUGCUGACAAGGAUGAAAAGGCUAGCUGUGGGUUCGAUGACGACUGCAGAGUACAGUGAGUGGUGA